GAUAUCCCUUAUAAAAAGGCCCCACACCCUCUGCUUGUCCUCACUUCUCCGCUGCGCAUCAGGUCUGUGGGACAAAAUCCCUGCAAAAUGAAGGAAGACAUCAGAUGGUCCAAAAUGAUGUCCCCAAGUUUUGGAAGUCAUCAAAUACUUAACUGGUCUCAGAAGGAGAUCGAGAGACAUGAAGGAACUGGUGGAGACGAUUGAGGUGCACUUGUGUUGCUUGACUCAACUGCGUGACCUAAGAGAUCUUCUUCUUCAUUGGAUCUGUUGAUGAUCUUCUUAGAUCUGCUUACAAAAACGAGGUCUGUCUGGCAGAACAAAAGGCAAAGUGAAGAAACGAGGUCUGUCUGGCAGAACAAAAGGCAAAGUGAAGACAUGUAGACCUCCCUUGACUUGUCUGACCUUGCGUCUUCAGCCUUGCACUGAGCAAGAAGACGUUACCAGUCAUGUGCACAAGAUGUCUUACACUUGGUUAUGAUCGUUCAUGUUGGAAGCCAGUUUGAAAGGCGAAGAUGAGACUGAUCCUAAGGAAAUGUCUGGAUCGCUCAGAAUGACCUUGGAAAUGUGAAUGACACCACUUGGCCCUGAGGAGAGAGCCUCACCUCCACAUCGCCUUGGUUAGCUACUAAAGAAAAUGCUGCUGCUUUCUGGAUGGGAACCUUGAGACUACAGAUGACGCACAAAUGUCAAGAACUUGUUAAUGUGUUUGUUUGUGUGGUAAUAAUAAUAAUAAUAAUAAUAAUAAAAAAAUAAAACUAAGUGACGUGUUGCUCCUUGUUUUGAAAAUAUUACACCCACAAAUAUAAAUCAGUUGAGUCAGAUUGUAGUCAUGGCCAUAUAAAGUUGAUAUUGAGAAAUUAGCACAUGCUGCGUUUCAAAACAAUCACACCUGCACCCAAUGAUAGUACGGACUGACCCGGUACAGAAAAUAAACAGGGUUUGGCCCACUACAUCAUAGCUGUAGUGACGGUGCCAAAGCCGGAAAUGAGUACGUCAUUUCCGCGAUGUCCUAGAAAGUGACUUGUUUUCUCCUCCCGGGUGUCCCUUAUGGGCGGCUACGGAGCUAAAUAUGCAUGUCUGAAAUGAGGGAAAGGAAGAGCAUAAUGGACCCAUGUGUAAAAUUGACUUACGUCAACUAGAGCAUAGGUUAAACGUCGCCGGAGGACUGAUGUGACCCUCCGCUCCGACGACGGGCGGAGCUAAGUUGUUGCCCCCCCCCCCCUCCCCCGCGCUGCACACAACACGAUAACAAGCGCUCCCUCUUUCGCUACCAUCUGUAGCAUAGCAGGGAGGAAGGAGGGAUAUCCCACACAGUGCAGGCCGACCAGGUUCACAUAAAUGGGAGAGGAGACGCGGUGUUCAGUCUCGUUUUGACCGCCUCUCCGUCGCCUCGUCACCGAUGUUCGUGCGCUGGUUUCUGCCUCUGCUCUGGGCUCUGUCCGCACAGGCAGACUUCUUCCACUUCGACAGCAUUUCCAAUGCGUCCACUUACUAUUUUAAUUACAUUUAUUGCAAUAUAUGGGAGGGGGAGUGUCAGCCCAACCAAGACGAUGCUACACAACAAGUUCCUACCAGGGACCUCUGGGCAGGAUUUCCUCAGGACUACAUCAGCCUGCUGCAUCAGUGGUACUGUAGCCUGGGCCAGUGCUGCGAGUCUGGAGACUGCAGGAUAACCAACAACAUCACAGGUCUGUCAAGGGACCUUCAGACGAAGCUCCACGGGCAGCACCUGGUCCAGUCUGUGGUCCUGAAAGCCAUCCAGGGUUUUAUUAACAACCCAGAGUCCAACAAGCCACUGACGCUCUCCUUCCACGGCUGGUCCGGCACUGGCAAGAACUUUGUGGCCCGGAUCAUCUCCGAUAACCUGUACCGGGACGGGGUAAAGAGCGAGUGUGUCCGUCUGUUCAUCGCCCCGUUCCACUUCCCGCACGCUAGACUGGUGGACACGUACAAGGGCCAGCUGAGAGAGGCAAUCCGGGACAUGGUGUUACGAUGCCCUCAGACUCUGUUCAUCUUCGACGAGGCUGAGAAGCUCCAUCCAGGCCUCAUUGACGCCAUCAAGCCCUACAUGGAUCACUAUGACAAUGUAGAUGGAGUCAAUUACCGCAGAGCCAUCUUCCUCUUCCUCAGUAAUAUUGGUGGAACAACGAUCAACGAUGUAGCGCUGGACUUCUGGCACUCUGGUCAGAAUCGAGAGGACAUCGGUAUGGAAGAUCUGGAGCAUCGGCUACGAGCUGAAACUAUGGAGUCUCAAGGCGGGUUUGCCCAGAGUGAGCUGAUGUCCGGCCACCUCAUUGACUUCUUUGUGCCCUUCCUGCCUCUGGAGUACCGCCAUGUCAAGCUGUGUGCACGGGACGCCUAUGCGGCACGAGGUCUGGAGACAGACGAAGCUACGCUGGAUGAGGUGGCCAAGGCGAUGCUGUACGUACCCAAGGAGGAAAGACUAUUCUCAGCCCAGGGAUGCAAGUCCAUACCCCAGCGCAUCAACUUCUUUCUCCCUUAAAAGGAGACACAGACAGAGAGAGAGAGAGACCUGGAGGAGGUGUGAGAUUACGUUACCAGCCCAUCUGCAUACAGAGCCACAGAGGGGCCUGUGUCCUCUCCUCUGCUCUACCUACUAUCCCCCCUCACAGAUACAACACGUGUCUGUCCAGGUCCCUCAGAGAAGGCCAGACAGCAGGGCAGAUCCAGUAUUAGAGGGGACAGCAGUGUGAUCCACCUUGCAGACAUCAGUGGUCUUGCAGGAAAAACAUGUACAUGCCAGAUGGUCAUCCUGUGCAGCGCGGCUACUCGUCUUCACCUGCCUGGUUUGAAUCCUUACAGUGUCACAAUGAAGAAUGGAAGAAAAAAACAGUGCAAAUGGUUGUGCAGUGUAUGUCAUAGAAGGAUACCGAUAUACAUUUUUGUCAUGUCACACUAUUUACGUCUGUUUACCUUCGCCAAAGUCUGAGUUGCACUUUUUUUUUGUCAGUUUAAGGUCAGAAUUCAUGUGUCAGUAUGUCAGCAACUGUGCUUGUAUUAGCACUGAUUAUUUAUUUACAUCAUUAUCGUGUUUGAGCAUCUUACUGUAACAGAUUAUUUGUGUUGAGUUUCUGCAUAAAUGCGGUUCUCUGAGCCUUUGACACUUGCUUGUAAUAAAUAUUACGGCAUGGCGGUGUGAACAGUAUGGAGUGUGUAACAGCUAACCUAAGGGACUGACUAUAAUGCAAAUGUUACUUGAAAUCGUUACCCGAAAACAUGUGAAGGUCCACGUGUCAAAAGCAAUGAAUCUAUUUGAAAAUCAGCUAUUUUGUGUAAAUUUUGUGUAAUAUUUUUUGAUGUCAGUAAUUUUAAGAGUUCAUAAAAACCUGCUAAAUGCCUGAGUGAUAUUAUCAUCAUCACCAUCAUCAUUUCUUAAUAUGUCUUAAUAUAUGUUAAUUGGAAGGAAUGAAAGGUUUUUAAAUGUUUUUUUUUAUUCACUGACUUGCUUUUCCUCUCUCAACCACACAUUCACUCUCACGAACACUCACGGGUCUGUGCUGGUCUGCUUAGUGAUUUUGCUCUCUAAAGCUCUGAAUGUCACCUCAAAAAGUGAACAUGGAAAAACAAUAUGUUAGGAAUGGUUCUAAGAAAAUAAAACAAUAAACCAACA